AUAUAUAUAUACUUACCAACUGUUAAACGUUAUUUUGUAUGUACUGUUACGUAUCGUUUUUUGUUUUUUUAACGUAGUAAAAAUCAAUUGAUCAUAUGUUUUUAGUUAAUACUCGAUUCUAAGCGCCACUGCUUUCUAAUCGGCUAUCUCAUUGCUUUUCCUUUAUCUUUUAUUUUUAUUCAUAUCGAAAUUUGAAACGUUAAAAUUGCCAACAAAAUUAUAUUUAAGACGAACGAUAUGUGACUCUUGUUAUCCAGUGAAUACAUGACUCGAGUGAGCUCGCUGUGUGUUGUGUUCUUAGCUAAAAAAUAGUUAAAUAGUUAUUAAUAUUUAUUUCUUCAAUAUCUUCCUUAUAUUUUGGGAUGAACAUAUUUGAAGUGUCUUCUUGUUGAUUUGCGCGUGUUAAAGAGUUAAAUUAAAUCUUGAAAUUUUAUAUAAACUUUAAAUUUUCAUCAUUUUUUAUUCUAAAACUCAACAUUGUUAUUGUUUGGUAUGUUAUUGCAAGUACUUGUGCUCGUAUAAGGUAAUAGUGUUUGUUCAUUUUCAAUUGCAUCAUUUUAUAAGAAUUUAUCAAAAUAUACGUUUAUUUUUUUAUCGUAAUAAAUUUCGUACGACGCAUUAGUCAAAUCAUCAAAUAUGGAAUUCCCAUUAUGGAAUAAGUUUUUUAUUUUUGCUGAUAUUAUAAUGAGAGUGCCACCUUUGUUCAUUAUUGAUGGAUUACUUCGUCUCAAUAUUGGAGGAUCAGAUAAAAUUGUUAUGUUAAACAAAACUGACAAUUUCAUACUUGGCAACGAGUCAAGUAUUUUCUUUGAAUCUACUCCUUUUUAUGGGAAUGUAUCCUUCCUAACGUAUUACUUUAACUUUGAAGUAAAUAAUGGUUAUCAAAUGUUUCUUAUGGCAAUGGUGAUGAAUAUAAUAUUCGGUUUAGCAAUUAUAGCAGCUUUGUGCGCAUUCAUGUUAUGGACAGAACAUCUUAUAAUUGUCUACUUAUACAUGAUGUCUUUAGGACUAAUAUUUAUUUCUUAUUGGUCCAAUGAUAAUACUAUCAAAGCUGUAAUAGCAUAUAUGAGCAAGCCUGAAUAUAAAGCCAGUUUAUUGGAUGAUAUAUUACACUUGGAUCUAACUUCUAUUAUUAAGGAAGGAAUAGGAUCUCUGAUUAUUCAGAAUUAUAUAUUACAGUGUUUACUGGCUACCAUUUUUUGUUAUAUACGCUUUGCUCCAAGACAUUAUAUUCUUCAGAAAUUAUUGGUAUUAAGUUUUAUGGCGCCAUCACUUCUGGCUAUUUAUCCAUUGCCUAUAUCGACUCUUUCUAAUACACCAGUUUUUGCUACACUGCUUCCAUUAGCUGUUUGUAAAUUUAUUAUCUGGUACAACAGCGUUUUAAUUCUGAAGACAAUUUAUCUUGGAUAUGCUCACGCACGCAAUUUUAUAAGUAAUUAUGGUCUAUCUGCUCUUUUAGAAACAGAAUGGUUCCGUUUGAACGUUCCAAGCGUAUUACGUACAUUUUGGUUGUUAAGAAUAGGGGAGCAAGUUAUCAAAAUUUUGGGAAAUCAUUAUGGAGAUGAAGAUUUCUCAUAUUACGAUAUGGUUAGAACCUUAUUGGUAAAUGGCUGUGAAACUUUGACGGCAUUGUUGGGAAUGACUAGUAUAAUUUCACUUAUUUGUCAUUAUAUUGGUUGUUUCUUCCAAUGGGUAUUAUUGACUGAAGAUGGGGAUGAGAAAAGCAUUGGUGCGAUAUCUGCCAUGUUAUUCUAUAUAUUAGCACUUCAAACCGGACUGACAAGCUUAGAUAGAGAAAAUCGAUUAGUCAAAUUGUGUAGAAAUUUUUGCUUAUUAUUUACUGCAGUACUACAUUUUGUACAUAACAUUGUAAAUCCACUUUUAAUGUCUCUCAGUGCCUCACACAAUUCAGCACUGCAUAGGCAUCUACGUGCUCUUGGGGUUUGCGCCCUCCUUAUUAUCUUUCCAGUAUCUUUAUUGGCAUUCCUCUGGUCACAAUUUAGUGUGAGCACAUGGUUACUAGGUGUGUCUGUCUUCAGUGUUGAAGUAAUAGUCAAAGUAAUGGUAUCUUUGGCUAUAUACGUUUUAUUUCUCAUCGAUACGUAUCGCACCGCAUUUUGGGAAGAGUUGGAUGAUUGCGUUUAUAUUAUAAGAUCAUUUGGCAAUAUCAUUGAAUUUGCCUUUGGCGUAAUAUUACUCUUCAAUGGUUUCUGGAUACUAAUCUUCGAAGCUGGCGGUGCUAUUCGUGCUAUUAUGAUGUGCAUCCACGCAUACUUCAAUAUUUGGUGCGAAGUUAAAGCUGGAUGGCUAGUUUUUAUGAAGAGACGAACCGCAGUUAACAAAAUUAAUUCAUUAGCCGAGGCGAAAUUUGAACAACUAAGAUUGCUCAACGACGUAUGUGCCAUAUGCUAUCAAGAAAUGCAGGCAGCAAAAAUUACACGCUGCAAUCAUUACUUCCAUGGUGUAUGCUUACGAAAAUGGCUCUACGUACAAGAUCGAUGUCCACUUUGUCAUGAUGUUGUUUAUCAACCUCAAAAUAAGGAUGAUAGUUCUUCGGAUUCGCUAUUAAUAGAAUAGAGAAAAAAACAUUUAAAUAAAAAACGAGAAAAACGAAGUCUUCCAACAAGGAGAUCAGAAUUAUUUGGAAUUAUUUUAAACAAAAAACUCGUCAUUGGAAGAUAUAAUCGACGAAAUUCUUCAAUGAGGGUAAUUACUAUGGUACAUAGCCUUAUUGUGAUAUUCUUUACACUAAUUAAUAUUGCAAACUUAAAGAAGACUUAAAUAAUGCGACAUUGAUCUUCACAAUUUCCUUUGAUAAAUUUGAUUUUUUUCUUCUUCCAAUAACCUAAUGUAUUUUACAACAAAAUUACGAAUAGGACUCAAUUUAAUUUAUUCUUCCUCAAAUUUAUUAUAUGCUAUUGUAUGUGUUCAUUAUAAAGAACACAUAUUAUUAAAGAAAUUUAACAGAUCGCAUCAGUAAUUUGCUAAGUAAUAUUAAUAGUUAAUUAUCUACAAUUAUACUACCUAGUAAUUAAUAUAACUUUCUUUUUUUCUUUACAUUAUCUUUUAUAAUUUUUGUACAUAUGAUUAUAAUCAGAUUAUUGAUUUCAAUUCGUAUGUAUUGUCAAAAUACAUUUCCAAAAUUUAAAAAGAGUGAAUU